AUGCAUCCUCCGCGAGGGAAAUUGCCUUCGCUGCUCCGGAGUUUCGGGGAGGGCGGUCGUAUCGUCCCGCCAUGACGACGGCCAUAAGCUGUUCCGUCGGGGUCAGAUCAUGGUGAGAAGAUGUGAUUCCAGAAGGAGGUCCUUUGCUUGCACCGCCAGCAGUAGCCAGAGAAAAAACCCAGACUUUUCGAGACAGAGCAAGGGGUUCUCCAGGGGCCGGAGUAGGCAGAACCAGGACAGAGACAACUCCGAGAACUCUGACGACGCUGCGGAUCUCUUGACGUCUAAAAACGGGCCGCUGCUCUCCCUCUCAAGCAACCCAAGGCAUCAGGCCACGGCGGCCCCGGGGCAGAGAGAGAAGGAGAUCGUCGAGCUGUUCAGGAAGGUCCAAGCUCAGCUCCGAGAGCGGGCGGCGGUGAAAGAGGAGAAGAAGAUGGAGGCCGCCUCUACACAGGGCCAGGGAGAGAGGGGCACCGUGGACUCCCUGCUCAAGCUCCUGCGGAAGCACUCUGUGGAUCAAGGGAAGAAGAAGGGCGGCGGGGAGAAGAACUACGAGGUCGACCAGCCCGACAGGAACAGCCCUUUUGAGGACACGCAGAAUUCGAGCUUCUUCGAGUCGAGCAGCAUGGUCCCAGAAGAAGACGUGGAAGAAACUGUGCCCCCCCCUCCCUUUACCAGGAGGCCGCCGUCAAAUUUCCAGCGUAGAUCCCCGGUUCCCAGAGUGAAGUACCAGCCGGUUUAUUCUGCAGAGGAGGUCAACAACGAGCCUGCUCCUCAAAAAUCAGCAGCGAAGAAGAAAGCUUCCGCCCCGGAUCCAGACGAGGAAGAGGAGGAACCCAUCUCCUUGGACGAGCACGAAGCCUUCGACGACGAGCCGUCGGACGACUCCGACGCCGAAGACGCGGAGGAGGAGGAGGGUGGUGCAGGGCCGCCGUCAGAGGAGAGCACGGAUUUGAGCUCGCUCAAGCUCUCGGAACUGAGGGCGCUCGCGAAAUCCCGGGGCAUGAAGGGGUACUCGAAGCUGAAGAAGAGCGAGCUCUUGGAGCUGCUGGCCAGCAGCGAGGGAGACCGAUGA